UAUACCAGCGGGUACCAGACAAGAAAGGAAGAAAACAAAAAUAAAGCUAGCGGCCCUAUAAAUACUACCUUAACAUAGGAGGUACAUUACUAUAAAAUCAUUACACCACUCUUCCUUUGUUUCCGCUCAUCGCUUUUCACCUUCCCAAUAAAAUACCCCAAAAGAAACAGUCUAGCUAUAUUAACUUACAAUGGGCGCCUGCGCAACCAAGCCAAAGGCUGACGCUACUGAUGCUCCGGCGCCGUUGCCGGAGAAAGAUGAGGUUGUUAGUAAGGAGCUUACUGUCGCUGCCACCGUCGUUGAGACCAAGGAAGUUGUUUAUGCUGCUGACAACUCACGCUCUCUCAGUAAUCUCCUCAAUGAGAGUGAAGACGUGAAAGUCUCCUCUGAAAAUGAUAAAAUUCAGCCAGAGCUGGUGAAAGAGGAGGCAUGUGAAGCUGAAAAAGAUACCAAAAUAUCUGAAAUAUCACUAGAAACAACUUCAACACCAACUGUUGAUGCUCCAGCUGAACUCGAAGCAGAAAAAGCAAUUGAGGUUGAAGCAGCUCCUGAGAAAACUGAAAUUUUGGUAGAGAAAGCAAUACCUGUAGUCAAUGUUCCUUCUAAGGUGGAGACUGAAGAAUCGACACCUAUCGUAUGUGCUGUCUCUGAGAAUGGAGCAGACAAAGAAAUUGAGGCAGCAUCAGCUACCGAGCUCCAGGAAACAGAGGCAGUUGAGGAGAAGAAGAUUGAAGAGCAUGACAAAGCUGUCAAAACUCCAAUAUCCGAAUCAAUUGAAGUUGAGUCUGCAGGAGAAAAAACUGAACUUGUGGAAGAAAAAGCAUUUGUUCCUCUUGAAACAUCAGCAAGUGAGAUCCUAAUAACAAAGGCAGCUGAGGAGACCAAGAUAGAAGAAGAGAAAGCGAUCACCGAAGAGAAGAACACAGAGAGUGAAGCAUGUGCUGAGAAUGUCAAACCAUGAUGGAUAAGGCCAUGAAUAUAAUGUCAAAAUGAUGAAUUUAUUUUUUAUUUUAAAAUAUGUAUGUUAUAUACUUCUGUUGAACACUGAGCCUGCUGAAGUUGCCACCUUGUGGCAGUUGAACUGAUUGCAGGGUGUUGCUAUGAUGGAACUUUUUAGUGUUGGUUGAUUGCUGUCA